AUGGAUUCGAAUAGCUCUGAGGCGAGAGUAAUAAUGCCAGCGAUUAUUAAAGGCUACGAUCAUUUAAACAACUCAGCCUUUGUCGAGUGGGUUAUUAAAGCAUGCAAAAAUGAUGAUAAGCCACCAAAAUCGAAGCAUGUUCGCAGAAUUAUCAAUGGUAUGCUUAGAGACUCUAAUGUAUCUAUGCAAAUGAUGGUUAAUAUCAUUAUUGAUGAUAACCACUGGCAGACAAAUCCAAUUUUGGGCGCCAAAUUAUUAUAUGUUGCCCUGUCUGUCUUCCAAAUGAUGAAGAAAUUAGAGGCAGCAGAUGAUGCUCUCAAGAAGAUUGAUAUGCUUUCCAGUUAUUAUGAAAAACAACGCUUCGAUGAAAAACUUACACCAUAUUGGAACAUUGCCUUGGGUCUUGCAUCAAUUUACCACUCUAAGGUUAUUUUCCAUCAUCAGAAUCCUAAUGUUCAGCCUAAUUUCCAUUCAAUAGAUGGCAAAUUCCCAAGUGAAUUUUUCGAAAUCCUUCGUGGUUAUCUUACCAAAGUUAUUUAUGAAUCAAACCGUGCGCUUGCAAAUAUUGCUGAUAAUUUCCCAUGCACUGUCAUGGUACAGCCAUUUAUUGAAGAGGCAAUCAAUUCAUACAGACUUUUGAAGUUUGUUGACAAAGAUAAUGCUGCAAAAACAACAUUGAGGGAUGCUGAAGCACUAUUUGAGAAAGCACAGUCAAUCCAAUUCUUAAGGAGUGCUGUUAUUUAUCCUCCAAAGUACAACUCAAUCCCAGAGCCUCGUUUUUCAAGCUAUGGCGCACAGUGA